GUUGUUGGCUUCAUCUAAAACAAACCUCGGACUUGCAACACUGAUUGGAAUUUGGAAGUCUGGUUUCCGAAACCCCCUUUCGCCGGAGCGGUUGUUAAAAUUCAUGCCCGUUAUUAAGAAAAGCGUUGAAUUCAUCAACCGAAAGGGGUUUCCUUUUUUCCUUUACAUGAAAUUGAAUUCGAAUUGCUGAAUUUAAUCGUCUGAAGAAUGGGCGGCGAUCAACCCGACGACGCUUCGCCGCUGAUGGCGCCGACGCCUAUGGCGGACCCCUCCGAAAUUGACCUAGAGGCGGGCCCCAAUGAGCAAAUUCAGUGUCGAAUUUGCCUCGAAACCGACGGUAGGGAUUUCAUUGCUCCUUGCAAAUGCAAAGGUACAUCGAAAUACGUUCACAGAGAAUGUCUCGAUCAAUGGCGUGCCGUCAAGGAAGGAUUUGCUUUUGCUCAUUGCACAACUUGCAAGGCUCAAUAUCAUAUACGAGUACACGGCGUUGCCGAUAGGAAAUGGCGAACAUUGAAGUUCCGGUUUUUCGUCACUAGGGAUAUUUUGUUUAUCUUCUUCUCCGUGCAGCUGGUUAUUGCUCUGUUGUCGUACUUGGUGUAUCUUAUUGAUGGUUACCAGAAAUUUUGGCUUCGUCUCGCAUGGGGUUUUGAUAACGCACUUAGUUUCUACUACAUAUGCGGGGCGUUACUAUUUUUUGCUUUACUGGGUUUAUCUGGAUGCUUUAUAACUUGUUACGACAGACGAGUGCGCAACGAUCUAGCUCAACCAUGUCGAGAAUUAUGCGUUUGUUGUUGUCAUCCCGGUAUAUGUGCCGAUUGCCAUUUGCCAGGCACGCUUUGCAUGUGGACUGAUUGUACCACGUGCUUCGAAGGUUGUGCAAGUACAAUUGGCGAAUGUGGUUGCUUGGGAGGUGCCGGUGAAGCUGGAUUGCCGCUUUUAUUUAUAGUGGCUAUAAUAGUGCUCGGUUUAUUUACGGUUAUUGGAAUAUUCUAUAGCGUUUUGGUGGCUACAAUGGUUGGUCAAAGGAUUUGGCAACGGCACUAUCACAUUCUUGCAAAAAGAAUGCUUACGAAAGAAUAUGUUGUUGAGGAUGUUGAUGGUGAGAUGACGGAAGCUGAUUGGUCACCGCCAGCUCUGCCGCCAGAGCAUGUUCAGCAGCUCAAAGCUCUUGGCCUUCUAUGACUCUGCACGUUUUAAGGUUGUCUGUAUUUCAGCACCGAAUGUAAAAAUUAGGAAUCAACGUAAAAGAAAUACACUUGAUGCCUCCCCCCCCCCCCAAUUAUGUUCAUAUUCUGUGACGACAAGAAGUAACCGUACAUCUGAUAUGAUCGUUGUUUCGUACAUUGUGAAAAGGAAAUAAUUGAUAACUAGAGUUGAGUGUUGACUCAACCACUUAUCCGGUA